CAAAGAACGCCACCCGAUCUGCUCUGGUCCGAGCGGAGCGCUAUGGAGCGUGUGGCCAAGUUGGCAGAAGCCACGACUCCCAGUCCUCCGGUGCACGUGUUGGAGUUGGAAGAGCUCCAAGUAAGCAGGUGCGAUGAGGACGCAGAGGGAGGACAUGUCUUGCUGGCCAGAGAAAUGACUGAGGUGGAGGGGAGCGAGACGGUGUGCGACGUGAGCAGCAUCAAAUGGCGGAGGUGGCUUCUGGCCACAGGCGGUCUUCUGCUCGCACUGCUCGCAGCACUGAUGUGUCUCCACUCAGGGAGAGGAACAAGAGGAAGAGGUCCAGUUUCGAGGACACGAUGGAAACUUGGGAGAACAUUCCAGGCAUCGAUCAGGUCAUCACCGAGGCCAAGGGCUUGGAGCUGAAGCAACCUUUGAGGCAUCUGAACGACUUGUUCUACCACUCGCAGCCGGAGGAGGUGCCCUGGAUCCGGACGGAGUGCGUCAUCGACGUGGUGCAAGCUGCGGCGUAUUUGGGCCAGGCCGUGGUCUUUUUGUACAAGGCUAUUGACUACGAUGGAGUCCGAUGCCCCGACGACAGCCCUUCUGGAUGUGCUGCCAGUGUGGCAGGCUUCAUUACCUCUGUCUCUUGGAUCGCAUCCUACCUCUCCUUUGCGGCGUCCGCCUGCGGUGAUGCCGUUAAGCCCGAUGCGCUCUGUGCGGGCGACUGGACGGCGCUGGUGGCGAACUUCGGCGAGAUGGCGACGGUGGGCGCCGCGGUGAAGGAGGACUGCGACUUCGGCAAGGACUGGCUGAAGAUCUUUCGCGGGGAGAAGGAUGUGGACGUGCCCCCUCAUGAGUACUGGUUGGGCUUCCACAGCCAGUUGGAGGAAGCGCAUGGCGAAGCAUUGAUCAAGUGGAAGAACUUCGAUGAAGUGAACCGAGACCGGAACUUUGACAUUACACAAUGUGUCAUGGACGUGACGAACUCGGCAUCCUACAUCGUCCGAGCGAUUCUGCAGCUUCGUAGUGCGGCUUUGUCGUGCCCACAGCCCCGGGCCUGUGCCAUCAACAUCAUGAACAUCAUCUCCUCCUUCGCGUGGAUCUCGCAGUUUACCGCGCUCGCGGUCUCGGACUGUGCCAAGAUGGGAAAUCAGAAGGCGGCGAUUUCCUGCGGAGAGAGACACCCGAGACCUUCCCAGACCCGAGACGGCCCGAUCUCGAGAGGGCCCGAGGAAGGCGCGAGGAAGGCGCUCUGCACGGCCGACAUCAGUGACAUGGUGGCGGCGCUGACCAACGGCCCCGCCGCCGGCGUGGCGACCACGUCGGACUGUGCCGCCGUACCGGAGCCCGAGGACGAGAUCCAUCACUUGCCCAUGGACUGAGCGCUGAACCGCUGAACGGUCCCGGACGGUGGGGAUCCAGACGUCCGCGUAGCGUGAGACUCUCUCUCUCUCCCUAGACUUCCGCGGUUCGACC